AUGACCAACGCGCUGGCUUACUGGGCGGCUCUCGACUGCAGACCCAUUGCUGUGGUAGAAGAUAAGGGGCUGGAAAAGAUUCUUCAGAUUGCCCUGUCUGACCCCAUGUAUGAGCUGCCAUGUAGAAAAACGGUGACAAAGAGGGUCCAGCAGCUCUACGACAGUGAAAAGGGGGAGAAGGAGAAUUUGUUGAAGAAAGCCGAAUGCGUCGCUAUUACUGGAGAUCACUGGACCUCAGUCAGCAACGCAAAUUACCUCGGCGUGACCGCACACUUUAUUGACAACAAGUGGUGCCUUCACUCGUUUGCCUUAACCAUCAAGAAGAUAACCACGAGGCACUUUGCUGAAAACGUGGCAGAAGAUUUUGAGUCUGUGACGGAGGCCUGGGAAAUCACACAGAAAGUCACCACAAUCAGAACAGAUAGUGCCCUUGUGUUAACUGCUCUCCGCCACCUGACCCGCACCAUGAAGGCCUCAGAUGAUGACCCAGCCUAUGUGGUGAAGUUCAAGGCUGCUUUUGAAAAGGACCUGUCUCAGCGUGAGGAUGCCCUAAAUUACAGAUUUCUACAAGUGGCUACAGCACUCGACCCUCGCUUUAAGGACCUAAAGUGUCUACCAAGAGGAGAGCGAGGAGAGGUGUGGACCAGCAUUGAGGCACUGGUGCAACAACAACCAGGCAGAGCCACUCCGGAACGCACAGAGGAGCCAGCAAGGAAGAGGAGCCUCCUGCUGUAUAAUUCCGACUCUGACUCAGAGGAUGAAGAUGGGCCCAAAGGAGCCUUGGCCCGCUACAAGGCAGAGCCUACCAUCAGUGAGAGAGACUGCCCACUGCAGUGGUGGUCCACUCAUGAGAGAGCCCAUCCACAGCUCUCUGUCCUGGCCCGCAAGUAUCUAGGCAGCCCUGCCACUUCGGUACCCUGCGAAAGAUUAUUCUCCCUGGCAGGUAAUAUAGUUCAAAAGAAGAGGGCAGCCCUGAGCUCCGAAAAUGUGAACAGGCUAGUAUGUCUCAGCAACUGGCUGAAAGAGAGGAAGUAA